AUGGGUGCAACAACUCUGUGGACGAGGGAUGCCGUCGCCAGUCGCAUUCUCGCAGGCGAGACACUCAUUAUCUACCGCGAUCAUCUCCUUCGCAUUCCUCAAUCUUGGCUCAAUGCACACCCAGGAGGUUCUCUCGCCCUUCUCCACUUUGUUGGCAGAGAUGCUACUGACGAAAUUGAGGCUUACCAUCUCGAUCAUACCCUCACUCUCAUACCCCGCUAUUCUAUUGGACGCGUCCAGCUCACAGAGCAUGGUUGGGUUCCUCUCGUUCCUCCAGUCAUGACUGGUUGGGUUCGAAGGUUAGGUCCAGGUGGCAAGCAGGAAUGGUUCCAAGAAGCAGCAGACGCACGCUCUUUGGGUGACUCGGAAGUGUCCCCUUCAUCCCAAAUCCUUCUCGUUCAGAAGUCCGACGCGUCUUCACAUAGUUCUGCCCCCUCCCUGUCGUCUCUCCAGCCCCCUCCAUCAAGUCUUUCUCCCGAGGUUCAAGCUCGUCAUUCCAAGGCCUACAGAGCCCUUCACAAACGCAUUGUAGAUGCUGGACUCUAUAAAACUCCUUACCUGACUGGGUAUGGCCCGGAAGUUCUACGGUACACGCUUUUGGCUUCCGUAUCCGCAUAUGCCUAUCACCACAAUUGGCUUAUGACGAGUGCAGUCUUCCUUGGCCUCUUCUGGCACCAACUGGUUUUUACUGCCCAUGAUCUCGGACAUAUGGGUGUCACUCAUAAUUGGGCUGUUGAUCGCUUGUUAGCCACCUUGAUCGCCGACUUCAUUGGUGGACUUAGUAUCGGUUGGUGGGUCCAGAAUCACAACGUUCAUCAUUUGGUUACAAACCAUCCCUCACAUGACCCCGAUAUCGAGCAUAUUCCAUUCUUUGCUAUCUCACCGCACUUCCUUUCCUCCCUUUGGUCUUCAUACUACAAACGAACUAUGCACUUUGAUAGGUUCGCCAAGUUCUUCAUCGCAGUGCAGCACAAGCUGUUCUAUGUUGUCAUGGCCUUUGCGAGAUUCAACUUAUACGCAAAUUCGUACACUUUUCUUUACCAGAAAGUGUGGGAUACCAAACGAGCAAGAGGUGGAUAUUGGGCUUGGAGGCUUGAGAUUAUCGGCCUUAUCUUCUUCUGGAGCUGGUUUGGACGUGUACUUUAUGGUUGUGGGACCUGGCAAAGAGCACUUGCUUAUCUGCUUGUAAGCCAUGUGGUGACAAGCCCCCUUCAUGUGCAGAUUGUCCUUUCACACUUCAGCAUGCCGACAGGUGAUCUAGGUCCGUUUGAGUCGUUCCCACAUCGUCAGAUGAGGACGACGACGGAUGUCAUCUGCCCGGAAUCGAUGGGAUUCAUUCAUGGAGGUCUUCAUCUUCAAGUGACGCAUCACCUGUUUCCGCGGCUACCGCGCCACAAUCUUAAACGUGCCAGCGCACUUGUCAAGAAAUUUGCCAAGGAAGAAGGCUUAACUUAUGCCGAAUUCGGAUUCGUAAAUGGCAACAAGGAAGUCAUUGGCGUGUUGAGAGGCGUGGCAGAGCAGGUCAAGUUAAUUGGCCAGGUUGCCCGGGUCGAGGCGCAAGAGGCAAUGGACAAAAAAUUGGCCGUUGCUGAUGAAGUUUAUACAGGCCAACAGAAGAGUAUAUAG